AGAAAGAGAAAGACAAGAUCUAUAGCCACAUACAACUUAUGGCUCUAAAUUAACGAUUGCUCACCUGGCAUAACACCUCUUUUUUAUUUUGAUUACACUUCGUUUCGUUUGAGAAAAAAAUUUAUAACCUCUUUAUUUAUAAAAAGUUCGUUGGAUUAUACUUUAUAUUGAAUUUAAAUCUUAAAAAUAUUUUAGAGGAGAAUAUGAUAAAACACCUGUUUUGGUAAACCAACCAAAGCCUAAAACCAGACCCAUAACAAAGAAAGUGUUAGUGGGUGUCAGAUCUCUUUCUCUCUGCCUCUGCUGAAUGAAUUAAAGUGUCAAUAAUCCCAAAAAUUCAUCUCAUAUUAUCUGUUCCUCUUUCUUUCUUUCUUUCUGUUCUCUGCUAUUAUACUAUACUUUUAAUCUUUGGGACUUGCCAAUGUCUGAAGCAAUUGCUAUAAAGGAUCCUGCCAUUAAGCUCUUUGGUUGGACUAUUCAGUUACCCGAUUUUCCGGCUCCGGCGCCGGAGGAUAGUAGUUUCUUAGCUGGAGAAGUCGAGCAAGAGCUCAAGGGUCUAUAUGAUGAUUGUAUUGAUGACAAUGAACAUUUGACUACUGAGGAUUCACAGGAUCAGAAUCCAAUUCAGCAGAGAUGUGAUAUUAUAAAUUAUUAUGAAUCUUCUACAGCCAAAACGUCAAAAAGUAAAGAGGAACACGGUGAAACAAGCAACUCACACGAGAGAAACCUGAAAAAACCAGAGAAGACACUUCCAUGCCCUCGCUGUAAUAGCAUGGAAACAAAAUUCUGUUACUUCAACAAUUACAACGCCAGCCAGCCUAGACACUUCUGCAAGAAUUGUCAGAGAUAUUGGACUGCUGGUGGGACUAUGAGGAAUGUGCCUGUAGGUGCUGGUCGUCGGAAACACAAGAACUCGGUUUUGCAUUAUAGUCACGUAUCCGUCUCUGAAGCACUAUCAAAUGUAAGAACAAAUUUUCCUACUGAAACCCAGCAUCCUCCCCUCACGCUCAAUGGAACAAUUCUGUCAUUUGAUACUGACAAACCCGUAUCUGAGUCGAUGGUUUCAGUUUUGAACGUUGCUGAUAAAGGUAUGCAAAAUUGUUCUGGGAAUGGGUUUCAAAAAUAUAAAGAGCUUCGAAUUCAAGCUGGAGAUAAUGGAGAUGAUCAUUCCGAUGGAUCUUCGGUUACUGCUAUAAGUUCAAAGGAUAGUGAUAAUGGAUUACCUAACACUCCAAGGAAGAACUACAACAGCUUUCCAACUCAUUUACCUUGCUUUACUGGAGCUCCUUGGCCAUACAUAUGGAGUUCUGUGCACUGUAGAAAUGCAGUACCUCCACCUGGUUACUCCCUUCCCGGCAUUCCUAUGUCUUUCAUCCCUGCAACCACUUAUUGGGGUUGUACAAUACCAGGCUCUUGGAAUGUCCCUUGGAUGUCCCCACCCACUGCUUCCCACAACCAAAUGCCUCUAACUCCUGAUCCUAAUUCUCCAACUUCGAGGAAACAUUCAAGGGAUGAGAAUGUGCUGAAAUCGACAGGCACUGAGGAAGAGCAACGAAAAGAAAGUGAUCCUGGGAAGCGUCUAUGGUUUCCUAAAACAUUGCGAAUUGAUGAUCCAGGAGAAGCUGCAAAGAGUCCUAUCUGGGCAACAUUAGGAAUUAAACAUGAGGUUGUUAAUUCAGUUGGUGGAGGUCUUCUCAGUGACUUUCUGCCGAAGAAUGAUGAGAGGAGUUGUGUUUCAGAAAACUCUACCUUAUUACAAGUAAAUCCAGCAGCAAUGUCCAGGUCGUUAAAUUUCAAUGAGAGCUCAUAAGCAGCUUCCUGCAGGGACCAAUAUCAGGCUAAUUCAUAAUUACAAUGAAGCUGCCGGAUGAUUUCCCUUUCCAUACCACUUGAUCUUCGCAGCUAUUUGAUUCCUUGAAGGUGGUUAACACAUUGAUGAACUGUGUAAACCAGUCAAGUGUCAAUUUCCUUGUCAUUAAGAUUUCUUCCGGAGGUUACGUCUCCUAUGUUGUUUGCGAGCUAUUGCAUAAAAGCAGGGGUUUUACCCUUUGUACAUUCAAAUGGUAGCGCUUGUCAUAAAAAAAAAUAGAUUUCUUCUGGAGGGUUAGAAAUGUUUUAUUGCAUA